AAUGGAGAGCCGAGAGGUGAAGAUCAUCGUCCUGGGAGUGGCGGUCCAUGCGCUCUUCAUGCUCAGCAUCUUCGACAUCUACUUCAAGUCGCCGAUCGUUCAUGGGAUUGAUCCCGUCGCGCCUCGGAUCCAAGCGCCUGCCAAGCGCCUUGUGCUGUUUGUAGCUGAUGGCUUGCGAGCUGACAAAUUCUUCGAGCUCAAGCCGGAUGGAUCGCCAAGAGCUCCUUUUCUGCACAAUGUGAUUCACGAGAAGGGAAAAUGGGGCGUGUCUCAUGCUCGCCCUCCAACCGAGUCUCGUCCCGGGCACGUUGCUAUAAUCGCUGGUUUGUAUGAAGAUCCAAGUGCUGUAACCAAAGGAUGGAAGGCAAAUCCUGUGGAGUUCGAUUCCGUCUUUAACAGGAGUAAGGAAGUGGUCGCUUUUGGAAGUCCAGACAUUGUUCCCAUUUUUUGUGGCAACAUUCCACAGGCAAAGUUCUCCGCAUACCCGCACGAGUAUGAAGAUUUUGCAACAGGUUCGCCUCGUUUGUUCGAUUCUAGAAGAAUGUAUGGUUUUUUUCUGUUUGCAGAUGCGUCUUUCCUUGAUACUUGGGUUUUUGAUCGUUUUGAACAACUGAUAAAUAGUUCCAAAAGAGAUGCUGUGGUCGAAGAGACUCUACAAAGUGGAGAGCUUGUUGUUUUCUUGCAUCUAUUGGGAUGUGAUACCAACGGCCACGCACAUCGUCCAUAUUCUCCGAUAUACUUGAACAAUGUGGAGGUCGUUGAUCGCGGAAUAGAACGGGUGUUCAAGCUUAUGGAAGAGAAGUACUCUGAUGGACGAACUGCAUACGUUUUUACAGCCGACCACGGGAUGAGUGAUAAAGGUAGUCAUGGAGAUGGAGAACCAGAAAACACGGAAACACCACUUGUUGCUUGGGGUGCGGGCAUCCGAGGUCCCAGUCCUGCAAAACCUGAAGACGACGAAGACGAUGGUUUUAAGUUUGUCGAUCAGCACACACACCACAUGGUGACGCCUCACAGUUGGGGACUUCAAAAUCUCGAACGCGUUGAUGUCAACCAAGGGGACAUUGCACCGCUUAUGUCGGUACUUCUUGGACUUCCAUGUCCUUUAAACUCUGUUGGUGUGCUGCCAAGAGGCUACUUGCUUUUAAAUAAGGCUGACGAAGCUGAGGCCGCUUUCGCGAAUGCAAAGCAAUUACUCAACCAAUUCUUGCGAAAAUCACAUAUCAAGCAGGAAACGUCGCUCUUUUUCAGGCCAUUUUCCUCUCUGAAAAAUUACGAGGAACUUACGAGCCGUAUACAACAACUUAUUGGUCUACAGCAAUACCAGGCUGCGUUGGACUUCUCACAGAAAUUGAUCAGUUUAUCUUUGGAUGGCCUGCAUUAUUUUCAAACGUACGACUGGUGGUUUUUGAUGGGAACCAUUACGUUUGGCUACGUAGGAUGGAUGCUGUACGUAAUCCUACACUUGUUGAGGCAUUAUGCCAGUUCGCCGCUGUUCCAACGUAAACAAAGGAAAAGUUCUCUGGGUAAUUUUGCCAUGGGAACCUUGUCGGCAGCGCUGUUUAUGGUGCUGAUGUUCGAAAAGUCGCCUAUACUAUACUUUCUCUAUGUCGGUACUGGAAUCUUCCUCUGGCAGCGUGUACUCGCCAGUCCGAAUGAUUUUACACGCAUUUGGAUCGCAGUAAGAACAGGAAAGGUUUCAAAGUUCCAAAUUCUAUUCGCAAGCAUGCUCUCUUCCGUUAUUGUUCAGCUUUUGGUUUCAAGUUUUUUCAGAAGAGAAGUGUACACAGGCUUUUUCUUUGCUGCUGGUGUGAUAGGAGCUGUAACAAUCUCCAUGAACCUUCCUGGACUUUCAAUGAUCCCAGCCUUCGUCUGGGCAUCUUGCUGGUUUCUUUCAGGAUUCACACUGAUGCCUCCACAAAUUCCUGAACACGUUUCACUGGUUGUCGGAAGUGCUUUCCUGGUAGUAGCACUUGCAUUCGCUGCUUGGUGGAUUGACAAAAUUGUUCCCAAAGAACCUAUUCUACGACAACUAGUGCGUGAUAAAAAUCGCUCCGCUGAACGAGAUGUACUUUUUGUUGUCCAGAUAAUUCUUGUUUGUUUUUCAUCAUUCAUGGUAUGGGUCACGACUUCUUACAGAACCCAUAGGAGACAGCUACCUUUGACAUUCCAGGUCGUCAACUGGUCCCUUGCAGGGGUAGCAAUUCUUCUCCCUCUAAGAUCUCCGCCAACAAUAAUUGCCAGAGUUUGUGCAAUUUUUCUUGGAUUUGCACCUCCAUUUCUACUUCUCUCAAUCGGCUACGAGGCACUUUUCUAUAGUGGUUUGGCUAGCGUAUUGUUCUCCUGGAUUCUGGUGGAGUCCGCUAUCACUUUCUCGUCUUUUGGACGGAAUUCCUUUACCAACGAGUUUUCGGCCAGUGAACGGCUCAUCCAAUGGACUGCAUUUGCCAAAGGCGAACGACAUGUUUCCUGGAGGUCUUUGAAACUCACCGACGUGCAUGUAGCGCUGUGUUUUCUUAUUUUGAUCAAUGUGGCGUUUUUUGGAACUGGAAACGUCGCAAGCAUCGCGAGCUUCGAAAUCUCCUCUGUGUACAGAUUCAUCACCGUUUUUGAUCCAUUUAUCAUGACAGCUCUUCUCCUUUUCAAGCUCUUCAUACCGUUCAUCCUUGUAACAUGCGCAUUCAGCAUUGUCGUGAAGAUCAUGAGCCUACCUCGUCUUGGUUGUUACUUCAUGGUUUUAAUUCUCUCGGACAUUAUGACGAUCCGUUUCUUUUUCCUUGUCCGGAACACGGGAAGCUGGAUGGAGAUUGGCAACAGCAUAAGCCACUUCGGUAUCAUGAGCGCGCAAGUUGUCUUCGUGUUACUACUAUUUGGGCUAAGUAACAUAUACACCAGGGAUGUGAGGAUCAAUGUUGGGCAGACAUCCAAGCUUUUCUAGUCAACGCGGUAACGUAGUUUCCGUUAUUGCAUGCU